ACCCGCCUCACCUGUAGGGGAACACAAAAUAAGAACAAAAAGUUAUUUAUUUAAAUACAAACAAAUGCCGUACAUGCAUUAAACUCCCCUUUUGACUCUAACGGGUAUAAUGUACUAUGAAGUGCAUGUUUUUCAUGUACUUCGUAGUACACACAGGUCAGUGGUUAGUUCUCUCGACCACCAACCCGGUGACGCCUUCCUGACAGACAGGUCUCACGUCGUCUCCUUUGAACCCGCCCACACAUUGACGUCAUCAACCGGCCGCGCUGCGAUCCUUCAUUUCAGUUUUGACGCCGCGGCCGACGUCCACGCAGCCACCUGCCGACUGGGCGAAAACGAGCGGAGCGGUGCGCCGGUUGUCAUGGUAACGGCGUUCGCGGUCCUGCUUGCCGACGCGUCAGAUGUCCGCACCCCGUCCCCUUUGAGCCCCAGAUGGAGUUCGCCUGCAGUCACGUGGUGUGCGAUGCGACCCCCGACGGGGCAGAAUCCACCAGUGUUCCUCCUGUCGAGCAGCAGUACGACAACCGAGUGACCGUUAAACCACAAGAAGGUCCAGCUCCUCCGCCGCUGCCUCCUCGUCGCCUCCGAAAACCUCGUCCCCUGUCUCUGCCUCUCCCCCCUCUCCCCCCUGUCCCCCCUGUCCCCUCCUCCCUCCCCCCACUCCCGCCCCCCCGGCCUCCCGUCCCGCCCAGAGGCCACAGGAGGGGGGUGGGAGGCCGGCCCGGAGCCAACGUCAACGUGGUCUCGGCGAACAUCGGGGAGCUGGUCGACCUCGGCCGAGCCUCGGGCCGGCGCUGUGCCCAGGGCCCGGUGGCUUGUGGGAAAUGUGGCGCCACCUUGUCGCGCCUGAGCUCCGUACGGAGCAACGUUUGGGGGUGUGAGUUCUGCGGAUUCGACAACGCCGUCCCCGACGGCGCGGGGGAAGCGUGCGGCGACCUCGGCGACGACCUUUACCUGUCCGUCCAGAGCGACGACGACUACCAGAACCUGGAGGACACGCUGCUGGUGUUCUGCGUGGACGUCUCCGGCAGCAUGAGCGUCACUGCGGAGCUUCCAUCGAGGGGCGGAUCUCCAGUCCACGUCUCCCGAUUAGAGGGAAUGCAGGACGCCCUCCAGAGGGCGCUGUCCUCCGUGCUGCAGCAGUCACCCCACAGGAGAGUGGCGCUGGUGACGUUCAACGACGAGGUGGUGAUAUACGGCGACGGCACCGGGGCGCCUCUGACUCUCAGCGAGUGGGCGCUGUUGGACUACGACCAUAUAUGGCAACAGGGCGUGGCCUACAGCGUCCCGCACUGCAUCGCUGAGACGUACCAGCAGCUGGUACAGCGGGUCAAAGACCUCAGGGAACACGGCGCCACGUGUCUUGGCCCCGCGGCGUUAGCCUCCGUCGCCAUGGCGUCCAGGUACCCGGGCUCCAAGGUGAUCCUGUGCACCGACGGCAAGGCCAACGUCGGACUGGGGCAGAUGGAGCUAAGCCCCUCCCCCUCGCCGACGGCUCCGUAUUUCUACGGGCGACUGGCCCUCCAGGCGGUGGGCAGCAGAGUCAUCGUCUCAGUGAUGACCUUCGAGGGGACGGACUGUCGCCUGGCGGACGUCGGCAGGCUCUCGGACGCCACGGGAGGAACGGUGAACAUCGUCAGCAUCGGUACGGUCGCCACGGAGAUCCAGUCGGCCUCCAGGGACAACGUACUCGCCACGGGAGUCACGGCGACCGUGUUUGCUCCCGAUGGAGUAUACUUUCCCUACGAGGAGGACGGCAACCACAAAGUGGUGAAGGAGAUCGGGAACGUGACCCGGGGGCUGCAGGUCACCGUGCAGUUCGCCGUGAGGCCGCAGUUCAGGGCAGUUUUCCUGCAGAGGGAAACGCUUCCGUUCCAACUCCAGCUGCUCUUCACGACCAGGGAGCGAGAAAAGGUCACCCGGGUGAUCACCGCGCGCCGCCCGGUCGCCACCUGCAGCGGGAUCCCGGCGGGGAGCCUCAACGUGGCGCUGCUCGGCGUUCACUGCGCCCAGCUCUGUGCCGGUUUAACCAUGGGGGGGCGAGUGCAGGAGGCGCAGAGGCACCUGAAGGCCCAGCGAGACCUGCACCAACAGAUAAGUAAGCAGAGGCCUAUCCAGGCAGAAGAGAACAUCUAUGGCAACUGGAUGGACACCAUGAAAACAAUCUGUGAUGACAUCACCACAGAAUCCCAGACUCUCUCUGAUGAAGCAGCGAGGGUUAUGUAUCAGAUGAAGAGAGCCAGCAGUGUCAACAACAACAACAACGACGACGGCGGCAACAGCAGCACGUGAGAUCCAGAAGAAGACGAGCAGGGAGGAGAAGGUCCUCAUGGAGAAUAAAACAUCCUCAUGUCGGGAUGCCAGACUUCGUGUUGAAGCCUAGUUGGCUCCCGGCUGAAGGAGUUUGUCAGAGACGUAAUUGGGUCAAAGGUCAACAUUGUUAUUGUAAACUCAAAAACCUCAGAUCACAACAAUCAAACCUCCCAUCGGAGAACAAAUUAAAUGGUCCGUUCUCUCACAAGGAACAAAAUCUGUGUUAUAUUUCUUUUUAAACGAAUUUGAAUUGAUGAGACGUGUUGAAGGUGAGCAGAUGCGCUUGUUUCACGUGAAGUCAGAUCAUUAUUGUACCGCGUACUCAGUAAAAAUGUGUCCACCUCAACCA